AACUUGCGCCAACUACUGCUUUCGGAAACCCGCGACUGGCGGGCUCUGGCGAUUCGGGCCGGAGCUUGUCUCUAUAGACUCAGGGGAUUGCUCAAGUCCGACUCCUACGAACUCACUCCGGAACGGGUCCGGGUGGGCCGGGAAGCACUCAGCAUCUACGCUCCGCUGGCGUCUCGCCUCGGAAUGCAUCGUCUCAAGAACGAACUCGAGGGUGCCGCCUUUCGAGUGCUCUAUCAACGGCAGUACCAGGCAGUUAACGCCAUGGCCAAGGAA